UCCGAUUGGUCAGACACUGACAGUCUGUAAGCCUAUUGGCUGCGGAGAGCGCCGCUUGCCUCCCGCUGAUGGGUCAAGUUAGGUUGCGCAUUGUGUUGGGAGGAGGAGCGCCCAUGUGUCAGGAAGUGCUGCUCUGUGUCCAGUGCUUGGAAAGUGAUGGAAGGAGCCAGUGAUGGAGGAGGGUCGACCGGUCCAGAGCCUGAAGAAGGAGCCGCAGUGGAGUUCCAUGAAGAUGAAGAGAUCAUUGAGGUGCUGGCGCUAAAUGAAGGUGAAGCAGACUCUGAUGACCCGGUCACCGACGUGAUGGACGUGGAUUAUGCGGAUGAAUCACAAGAUGGAGAAAUGGCCGACGAGGAUUCAGAUACAGAUGAUGAGAGUGAGGAGGAGGAAGGCGAACCUCAAGACGACAGCGAGCUGACUUACUCCGAGCACAACGCUCCUAUAUACUGUGUCAGCCUGGACCCCAAAGAGACCAAACUUGCAGUGAGUGGGGGACAAUACGAUAAGGCCUUUGUAUGGAGAAUAAGUGAUGGAGAGACGCUGUUUCAGUGUAAAGGUCACAAGGACGCCGUCAAAUUUGCAGCAUUCAGUCAUGACUCCACCCUAGUGGUUACAGCGGACAUGAAAGGUCUCAUGAAGGUCUGGUGGGUGGAGGAUGGAAAGGAGAUCUGGUCAUAUCAAGUGCCUAAGCUUAAGGUGGAAGCUCCUAGGGAGCAUUACGAGGGAGUAGUUGUCCCUGUUAUAAUCCUUUUAGAGUCAAGGAAAGACAAAUUACAGUGGUUGGAGUGGCAUCCUCGUGCCCACGUGUUACUUUAUGGUACACCAGAUGGCAAUACAUGGAUGUGGAAAAUACCCAGCGGAGAGUGUAAAAGUUUCCAAGGACCAAGCUGCCCGGCUACCUGCGGACAGUUCCUACCAGAUGGCGAGAGAGCCGUUGUUGGCUAUGAGGAUGGAAGCGUACGGAUAUGGGACCUCAAAGAGGGGAAAACUCUGCAUGCCCUGGAAGGCACUGAUUCCCAUAGGGGACCUAUGUCAUGUGUAGCCUGUAACACAGACGGUAGCCUAAUUCUCUCUGGUUCUUUUGAUUGCGACACAAAAAUGGUGAACACCGCCACCGGGAAGGUUGUCGGACUCUUCCGGAUAGAAAGUUACGCAUCCAAGAACCCUAAAGAUGAAGCAGACUUUAAUUCGGUGGAGUGUAUGGCAUUCUGCGAUGUUCUGCCCCUGGUCGCAGUCCUUUACCUGGAUGGAUCCGUGGCAAUUUAUGACAUUUUAACACAGACUCUGCGGCAUCGGUUCCGUCACAAAUCCACCUUAAUAAAGCUCACAUGGGAGGACAUGUCCCCUGUGCUCUACACUUGCUGCAGGGAUGGGGCCAUCAAUCUGUGGGACUCUCAGUCAGGAGAAAUGAUAAUUGAAUAUGGUGGCCACACCGCCGAGAUUACCGACUUUGCAAUUAAUAAAGACUCUUCCAUCGUGGUAACCGUCUCUUCGGAUCACGAGGCAAAAGUAUUCUGUGUGGAUAAACUUGACCGCUAGACACGACCGUCCCUUCACUGUGAAGCGCAGACCCCCCCAAUGUUUCUGGAGCUGGGAGGCUGGAGCUGUAUUUUCUGUUCUGUACAUGUUUCGUAGGGUUGAAUGCGUUUAACUUAACACUGACUGAUGUAUGUUGAUAUAAACACGUAUGUGGGCUCUCA